AUGUCUUUGAUCAAUGUUUUAGAAAUUGCACCAUUUUUGGCCUUUGUGUUAAUAAUGAUACAGCAACUUACUGCAAAACUUGACACACGUAUGGAAAGAUUAACUGCGGAUCUUACAUCACGAGAUGCCACAAUUGUGGUCGAGGGACAGAGAAUCCUGACAAUG